AAAAAAGUCUUCGACUGCUAAGUGAAAAAUAAAAGGAACAAAAGGGAAAGCAAACCAAAAGGAAAGAAAGACAUCAACUUUCAACGCUACCCAAUGCCUAAUCUAAAAUUAUGAAGACAAAGUGCUCUCUCUUCCUUACAGUUCCUUCUCUACCGAGAAUUGCGGUCCAUCAGCUUCCUCUCUUUUCCCUCUCUCUGUCAAUCCUACAACUCACAGGUACUUUCUUCUUCCUCUAAAUCCAACUCUUUACAAUUAUCUUAUCCGAUUCAGUUUCUACAGGGUCACCAACUCUCCGUCCGGAAAUGCUCGAAGUCUUCAAUAAUCAAUGCCAUCUAUAAAUCUGCUUGAUCUCAUCAGUUACACUACUUUCUUAAGUUGAAAAGUGUACGCGACUCAGUAAUCAAAUGUAUAUCUAAAAGUACAGGUCAACAACAUUUUUCCUUUUCUUUUUAUUCCCACUUAAAAAAAAGGUUGAGAUAUUUAUCAAUUGAAGCACAUGGAUUCUGUGAGAUGUUGGUUUACCAAAUUGAAAUCAAAAGAUAAGUUGAAGUCUGCAAAAAAUAAGGAAACCGCAGGCAAUGGGAAGGAGGGGUCAAAAGCACCUACAAGUGAAGAAGCACCAUCAAAUGUAACCAAGCAGAGGGCUGCUGCUGCAAAGCAGUAUAUUGAAAACCAUUACAAAAAGCAGAUGAAGAGCCUGCAAGAGAGGAAGGAGCGACGUAAUGUACUUGAGAAGAAGUUGGCUGAUGCCGAGGUCUCUGAGGAAGAGCAAAAUAAUUUACUGAAGUAUUUAGAGAAGAAGGAAACAGAAUACAUGCGCCUUCAGAGACAUAAAAUGGGUGCUGAUGAUUUUGAACCCUUGACAAUGAUAGGCAAGGGCGCAUUUGGGGAGGUUAGAAUCUGCAGGGAAAAGUCAACUGGUCAUGUGUAUGCUAUGAAGAAGCUUAAGAAAUCAGAGAUGCUUCGGAGAGGCCAGGUUGAACACGUGAAAGCUGAAAGAAAUCUACUUGCAGAGGUUGAUAGCAACUGCAUUGUCAAACUCUACUGUUCCUUCCAAGAUGAAGAGUAUCUCUAUCUCAUCAUGGAAUAUCUACCUGGUGGAGAUAUGAUGACUUUACUAAUGCGCAAGGAUACACUAACCGAGGAUGAGGCAAGGUUUUAUGUUGGUGAAACUGUCUUGGCCAUUGAGUCUAUCCAUAAACAUAAUUAUAUUCACAGAGACAUCAAGCCUGAUAACUUGCUACUUGAUAGACAUGGUCACAUGAAAUUAUCAGAUUUUGGAUUAUGUAAACCAUUAGAUUGCAGCAAUCUUCAAGAAAAGGAUUUUUCACUUGGAAACAACCUUAGUGGAGCUCUUCAGAGUGAUGGACGCCCUGCAGCACCAAAGCGCACACAACAAGAGCAAUUGCAGCAUUGGCAGAGGAAUCGGAGGAUGCUUGCUUAUUCUACAGUUGGAACACCUGACUACAUUGCCCCGGAGGUUUUACUGAAGAAAGGAUAUGGAAUGGAAUGUGAUUGGUGGUCUCUUGGGGCAAUCAUGUAUGAAAUGCUUGUGGGAUACCCACCCUUUUAUUCAGAUGAGCCUAUGUCAACUUGUAGGAAGAUAGUUAACUGGAGAACCCAUUUAAAAUUUCCAGAAGAAGCAAAGCUAUCUCCAGAAGCUAAAGACCUUAUCAGUAAACUCUUAUGUAAUGUUGACCAGAGGCUUGGAACAAAAGGCGCAGAUGAAAUAAAGGCUCACCCAUGGUUUAAAGGUUUAGAAUGGGACAAAUUGUAUCAAAUGAAAGCCGCAUUUAUUCCUGAGGUCAAUGAUGAGUUGGAUACUCAAAACUUUGAGAAGUUUGAAGAGGCUGACAGCCAAAUUCAGAGUUCAACGAAAGCUGGUCCAUGGAGAAAGAUGCUUUCAUCUAAGGAUAUUAAUUUUGUGGGUUAUACAUACAAGAACUUUGAAAUUGUAAAUGACAAUCAGUUACCUGGGAUUGCUGAACUAAAGAAGAAGAGCACAAAACCUAAGAGACCGUCUAUCAAAUCCCUUUUUGAAGAUGAGUCAGCUGCUGCCAAUCAACCUGUGCAAGGGAGCUUCCUCGGCCUCUUGCCUCCUAAAAUAGAUGAAGCUUCUGAGCUACCUAGUAGAUCCAAAUGAGCCAUACUAGUCUCUGUAUGACAUCAGAAGGUCACAGAUGUUCAAUUAAAGUUCAGCUGAAGAGUAUUAAGUUUUCUAGUGAGUAGGGCUUUUUGGUUCGCUGAUUCCUGCAGAUAUAUUUUCCGGAAUGAAAAUUUCAGGGGAAAAGACUCCAAGGACUGAGUGGUUUGAAAUGCUAAUUGGCUAUUGGCCUAGUUUAACGUUCUUAAUCCUUGUAAAAUAAUUUCAUGGUAAAUAUUCUUUUGAAAUGGUUCUUUAUUUGUGUUAUCUCCUAUGAAAAAGCUGUGAGAAAUUCAUUACAAAAGUUGUAUUAUGUUUUCCUUUCUUUCAUGUAAUUAUUAACUUUUCAGUGUUGGGUUGAUUAUAGGUGUACUAUUAUAAAUGUAAUUAUUAAAAUUUCGAGAUUCAGAA